UCACAAAAUAUAAUACAUAUAUCACUGUCACACCAAAGAUGUUUAUUUAAGCGAUGGCAAAGCUAUAUCGCCUGCCUGCGGGACCAUUUUUUCCUCCUUGUGCCAGCGGGACCCUUCUUUCCGGGACCGUUUUUUCCGGAUCCAUGAAACGGCAUUCGAUAAAAUGGUGUCGAUGAAACGUCGUUCGACGAACCGGCGUUCGAUGAAAUGGGCGGACACCCGAUAUGCUUGCAUUGCUUUUCUCAGUGCGCUGUGGUACGCAAGGGUCCUUAGGUAAAUAGGGGCAUCUCAAGCUAACGAAAUCCUAACAGACAUCAGUCCAGCAUCCUUACGGUCCAACACGUACAUCAAGUGUACUACAGGAACUCACGGCAACAGAUAUAAAGACAAACACUUAUACCUUAUGACUUCGAUUUUUUGCGGAAAACAUCGGAGAGAGUUAUAACGUUUGAGAUAGGAUGAGCUCAGAAAGAACACAACUAGGCACGUGCUAUCCUUGAGGAUACAAUGGAACCAAGAAUUCGUUCUCCUUUUUCCUCUUAAUCUGACCUCUGAUCUUUGCACAACGAACUUUUUGUCACUGAACUUUGUGUUGUGAAGUCCGUCUUUGGGUCGCUCAGUGAAUGCGGAUUAUUCUCCUACAAGGUGAAAAGAGGGUAGUCCAUCGUUUCCUGUCUGAACUGGUGACUUGCAAUGGCGUAUAUGCCCGCACUGUUCUUGAAUAUUCCGUCCUACACAGUCGAAAGAAAGGAAUGUCAGGCCAUUGCCCUGGCCCUGCAAUGGAAGGUCUUAAAAUGGGAGCCUGUACCUAAAACAAGUGGACACCUCUCGAGAGGUCGACGACUCUUGGGUUAGACUGUCAUAAAAACCGCUGCUGAACUUGUACGCAGCACUCUUGGAAGAAUUCUCGUCCAGCAAAGAGUAUCAUUGUUGUCCGAUUUGAGUGCCCAGUCGAUUGACAGCGGCACGGUGUCACCAAAAGUUUAAUUAAAGAAACCACCAAAAAAGUAGUCUUCUUUCGUCAUUAGCCAGCAUAACGAAACAUACGCACAAAAACGGCCUGGGCGUCUCGUCAAAGUCCUUCUGUAACAACAUGUGUGGCAUCAUGUUCGGUAAAAGGGGGAAAAGAAUCACUCUUCUGUCGGCAUUAUCUAAACAUACGCACAAAAACGGCGCGGGCAUGGCAUCUCAUCAAAUUCCUUUUGUAACAACACGUGUCGCAGGACGCAGUGAAGAGAAAAGAUUCCAUGCCAUUACAUCCAACGUGCCAUUACAUCCAAGAGCGAGCCGUUACAUCCAACAUGCCGUUACAUCCAUCGUGCCGUUACAUCCAACGAGACGUUACAUCCAUUUUUGGCCAUUACGUCCACGGGUCCUUACAUCCAACGAGCCAAUUCAUCCAACGAGUCAUUACAUCCAUCGGGUCAGUACGUCCAACGAGCCAUUACAUCCACGGACACAGAAAACUCGGUCAAUGGUCUCGAUGUCGGCGGCAAGGUCGUUGGUUUCGUCGAUGUUUUGUGCUUGUUACGCAGCACAUGUGUGCCAGAAGGAGGAGUGGAUAGAAAAAAAGGAAGCACUUUUUCCUUUACGAAAAUGACACACUCGCACACAAAACAGUGUUCCAAGAAGUUUCCCCCCAUGCCACAUCUGGGAUUACCGACCUGCGGAACGUCCACCUAUUUCAAUCUCACAAAAACUGCAUAUAUGCUGCUACCAACUGAACAUUGUUUUCUCUUCAGCGACCUCUUCAACAAGAAGGAUGACCUAUUACAGAUCACCCCCGUGCCCAAGCUGUUUGGCCAGGGUACAAGGGCUUAACCUGGUUUCCCGUAUACAGGAGGUACUAGGAAGAUGUCCGGAAGAACCAAAGAAAGGAAAAAGGACAUCUGUCAUUUCGUGGCGAGUUUUUCGUCGUGCCACUUGCCAGCUAGCAGUUCCAAGUGAUUCGCAUGCCAUGGACCUGGGAGACGUGAAAUUCGUACAGUCGAAGCGACGUUCCCGCCACCCAGUUUUACAGUACCGGAGCAGAAGAUGGCAGGGCGCCGUUCUUGAGUUUUCGUUCAAGUAUGUGAAUCCGAGGGACCCAUCAGUCGUGUAUUAUCGAUGCAUAUCUUGCUAUGACCUCAGCACCAAGGCCAAGGCUGCCGGCGACACGUCGCCGGUUCCAGUGGCCCAUGUUACGUUGAAAAACAGCAUCCUCCAAGUCGACCCGGACUACCCAAGUACUGCGCAUUCUUGUGACCCGACAGCUGUGACUUCGUCGGAGCCAAAGGUUCUCAGCAAAAGGUAUAUGACGGAGAAGAGAACAGAAAUUCGACAUGGUCGGAAGCGGCCUCGUGAAGCCUACAAUGACGCGCUUGCUGGUGUUGACGAGCACUUCAGCGACUGUACUCCUGAUUGCCGCGAGGCCAUCAAGGAGGAGUUGUGCUUACGCUACGGAUUUGCAUCGAAGCGCAGGGCACUGUCGUAUAACCGGCAUUUAUACGCAGUAAGAAACGUCUCGAUCGACGACCUUCAAGGUCUGGAGAAGACACUGGACGGAGAGGAUUUUUUGAGGCACCGAGACUCAACGCAAGGAAGUGAGGUUCUGGUUUUCUUUGGCCACAGUGAUCUCGAGGCCCUCCUGUCAGCCGAGUACGUUUUUGGGGACGGAAAUUUCAAAUACACGCCUCCAGAGUUCAUGAACCCAGGCCAACUCUACAGUCUGCAUGUGUCCAUAAAGGGGGAGUGCCACCCAGUGGUAUUCGCGCUUACUCGCCGACGUGACACUGGUACGUACAUGAAGAUCUUCGAAGUGAUCCGUGAGGCACUCCUGCACGAGUUUGGCCACAUGGGAACGCUGCAGAGUCUUGCUCACUGGGUGUUCGAUUUCGAGGUCGCGGCUAUAAAUGCAGCUAUCUCCGUUUUCAGCGUUGACCCUGUCAAUCAGCCGAUAAAGCUAAGCGGCUGUGCUUUUCACUACGCGAAAGCUGUAAACAAGAAGCGGGAUGAACUUGGACUUCGAAAUGCGUGCAGAGAAAAUGAAGAAGUUCGCGACUGGUUCAGUUUGGUGAGACACCUGCCCUUUGUUCCCGAACACCUGCGCAUUCAGUUUGCCGAAGAUCUAAUGUCGCAGCACCCCAUGAACUGUCUUCUCUUCAGAGUGGUCAAAUGCAGCAGUUUGUUGCAUAUUACGAGGAAUUUUGGCUAGAGUCUGUUCCAGUCCGUAACAUAUGGGGGCACUUUGGGAACUCUGGCCCUCGCACUACAAAUUUCGUAGAGGGGUGGCACAAUGGUUUACAUGACCAGCUUCCGAACCAGCACCCACGUCUUGCAGAGGUGAUCUCGUUCCUUCAGAAGUUACAACAUGCAGCGAAAUACCGCCUGCGAUUACUUCUGCACGACCCAGCGACGACACCGCGGCCACAAGAACAGCGUGU